GAACAGACCGACCCUCGGACCGGACAAGUUUUGGAUCUGUAUUCGGUCGUGUAAUUGUCACUCGGUUGAUAAACGGAACUUUCUUGUCGAGAACAGAAAUGAAAAGUUUUUUGCCCCGGAAUGCGCCCGCUUGUUGCAGCUUUGAUUGCUUUCCAGUUUUGUGCUGUGAAUGAAAAUGAGUCAACCGGAGGAACAACCGGACAGUUUAAAUCGAAAAAGUAUGGCAAUGUUAUACGCAACUUUCUUCCAACUGAGUACCGAUGGCCAAACGCAACUGUUUACUAUCAUUUUGAAGGAAGUUUUUCGCAAGAACAGAAACGUGCUAUCAAGCAGGCUAUGAAUAUUAUUUCGUCUGUUUCAUGCGUGCAAUUUUUAGUGAAAUCUGAGAAUCAGUCUGAUUAUGUUGAAAUCACCUCGGAAUCAAGCGGUUGUUGGUCCGAUACUGGCCAUAAAUCCCAUAAAACGCAACUAAAUUUCGGCCCCGAAUGUUUCUCACUCGGAACAAUCCUACACGAGCUGAUGCACACACUAGGAUUCCUGCAUCAGCAUACCCGUCCGGACCGCGAUCUUUACAUUGAUGUGCUAUACGAGAACGUGCUUCCUCGACCGGAAUUUCUGUUCAACUACGAAAUCAUCCAUCCCUGGAACAAAUUUUUGUUCCCCCUACCGUACGACUUCGAAAGUAUAAUGCACUACACUGUCGACAUGUACAGCCGCGAUCCCGGCCGGCUGCCAACCAUGGUGCCAAAAAGUCCCCUCACAACCACAGUCACGCUUGGCCAACGAAAUAAACUAAGCGAAUUCGAUGUUUUAUCAAUAAACUUUCUUUAUUGCGUGUAAA